CAUGACGCGUUCGCAGACAGCAGAGAGUGAAGAGUUGACAGUCUGAGGAGCGGUUCAGGUCUCCCUCUUGCCUCUCUGAACAAGUUGCGGUUAACGUAAGGAUUUUCCAGAGUUGGACCAGGAUCUUUUUUCUCCUUCUGCGACAUGGAAACUCUAUUGGACACACAGCGAAGACUCAAGUCCCUGCUAUUAAUGUACCUCUUGGUCGUAAAGGCAGCAGGUGACUGUCCUAAACCUGAGGGAGGGGACAAUACUGUCCUAACCAAUGAAUCACUUCUAAAGAAUUUUUUCCCAGAGAAUAUCAUGGUCACGUUAGAGUGUUCUAGUGGAUAUAUUAAAGAAAGCGGCUCUGAAUUUAUAACUUGCAUUAAUGAUCAAUGGACUGAGUCAGAGCUCAUCUGCAAGAAGAAAGACUGUGGUCAACCUCCACCAAAGCCACAUAUGAAGUUUGAUACAAGUCGGGGUACUCUGUUUGGUGCUCUAGUAAAAGUAACUUGUGAAAAAGGUUACCAGAUUAGCGGGUCGAGCUUCAAAGAGUGCUAUGAUCAAGGGUGGAGUGGCAAAGCUUCUUGCGAAAGUAAAUGUCUUCAUUUGUUAGCUAUCAGUCAUAGAACUGGUCAAAACUGUUACUUAAUGUUUCUAAGAUAAGCAUUUCUUCAGAAACAUUCCUCCAGUCCUCUGUUCUGUUACUUUUUUCUCAAUGUCAGUUAUUAAUGCCAUUAUAUAUAU